AAUGCUCCAUGUUCACGCAAUUCAAGUAGACAUACUCAUAGACAUAAACAUUCACACACACACUAAGAGCGACGGCGAAGAAGAAGAAGGAGAAGAAGGAGAAGAAGAACGAGGCCGAGUGAGAGAGAGAGAGAGGCCGCCAUCGCCAGAGCGGGGGGUUGGUUGAUCAGAGCAGCACUGGAACUGGAGCCCCAAGCGAGUACGAUGAUGGCCAGCUCCGACGCUGUGGAGGCCGCCGCGUAUGCUGCCAAGUACCGGAAGUAUGAGCGGGACUACUUGCGACGCAUUAACCAUCUCUACUUCUCCAACAACACCCCUGACAAUGGUGAAAUAUUUGAGAGCGUUGCUACCAUUGACGAAUUUGUUAUCAAGGAGAGCAAGGAAGCACCACUUAGGAAAUUCCUCUCAUCUUCAGGCCUUGUAAACAAGGAAUCUUCAGUCCCAAAGGUCGAACCUAUGGAUAUCGACGUAAAUGCUCCAUCAACCUCGAAUAAAAAAUCUCAGCGAUCCACUCCAGAUGGUAGUCGGAAACCAUCUAGGGGUAAAUGACAGCAGUUAUUCGUAGAGCCUUCGCUUCACAUGGUCGGUUUCACUGUGUAUACAGGUCCUUUACGAUUUCAGAGGCCGGUCGAAAUGUCCGUUCAGUGAAUAGAUUAGAUUUCUCUUUUUCCUGCUUAUGUACGUUUAUGUUCAUUUUUCUGGUUUCAACACUGAUUAUGUACACAUGUCAAGAUACUGAAGCUUGGAUCAUUCACUUUUAGUUUCUGUGUA